AUGAACAUUUUGCCGGACACCCUCCUCUGGCUGACUGUCAUACUACCAUUCCUCAUCACUAUCCACCUGUGGGGCUUGUCGACUUGCUCCAUUCUCUUCGCUACAGCUUGCAGUUCUGCCAUCAUCGCGCUGCUCUUCAUGAUAUACAACCCCUCUUUGGGCAUCACGCGAGAGUUAGCCUGCCACAAAGCACUCACCGACGAUCUCGAAGCACAACUCCAGCACACAUUGCACCAAUUGGAAAAGCACCAAAACUGGGAAGGAGGAAGAGAAAUGGAUUUCGGACACCUUGGCUUGUUCCUAGGCUCACUCGCCUUUGUGAUGGCCGGUGCCGCCGGCAUGUUCGUAAUAUUCCUGAUACUGUGUCACGCCCAGUACAGAAUAGCUCGGUUCUUCAAGGGGCCUGCUCACACGUCUGAGUCUGAGUCCAGCGACUCAGAGGACUCCUUCGACUUCGUCUCCGACGACGAUGAUUUUACGAAUGCAGCGAUUGAGUUGAGGGUGGUAAGCCCGACUCCAGAGAGCGAGCGUGGAUGA